AUGAGGGGUGGCGCGCCCCCUUUACCACCUCGACCACCGGCGUGUCACACUGCAUCAGCGACCGAUGCCGUUCCCAAUGCCAUAGUGAUGGAUGAGGGGAGACCCAGUGACUCUUUAUACAGCCUGUCUCUGCCCCGCCCCGAAGCGACCUGGAAGCGGCGAUUGUUACUUAUUUACAUCCAUGGUUUUAUGGGCUCUGAAGCCAGUUUCAACGACUUCCCGGCACAUGUUCAUCACUUGUUGACCGCUGUGCUCAGCGAGUCAUAUGUCGUAUACACUCGUAUCUACCCUCGUUACAAGUCCCGCGGCGAAAUACAGACAGCCGUUGAUCAGUUCAGUAACUGGCUAUCCCCGCACGAGGCCGAUGACCUUGACGUCAUUUUGCUGGGACAUAGUCUUGGUGGUAUUCUAGCUGCAGACGUUGCGCUUAUGCAAGGUCACGGCAUCCCAGAUAUAAAGCCAAAACAUCGCAUACUGGGGCUCAUUAACUUCGAUGUUCCAUUAUUGGGCCUUCACCCUCGAGUCAUUCCCACCGGGAUCGGCAGCCUGUUUCAAAAGAAGGGUAACAAAGUUGAAGCUAGUGUAGCCGAAUCGCUAGAUUCCUUAUCAUUGGACACAAAUUCUCUCGUUAACCAUCCGAAUUUCGACCCUCCAUUCAAAAAUGAUGUGCGAUUGGUCAAACGUGACACCGUGGACAGCAUCAUGCACUUCUUCAACAAAAAUACGGAUCGUCUCUCCCAAUCUCUCGUUGAUCUCCUAUUUUCACCUGUCAAAUUCGCAAGCUGCGUGAAUGAAUAUCCCACUAUGCGUAUGCGUUAUCGCCGCUUGAUAGAGCUGGGAUCCGGUAAGCCUGGCCACAGAGGAAGUCAAUUUGUCAACUAUUAUACCGCAAGCACCGGUCGGAAAUCACAAAAAUCAAAGACCAAGCCUGCAACGAAAUCUAUCGAUGAGGAGAUCCCAGAGGAGGUACUCGAGGAUGCGGAAAGAACGAAUGAUACGAUAGAAAGCAAGGGUUUUCAAGAAUUAGACGAGAUCACCCAGACUUCAUGUGCGACAUGUGAGAACUCGGGAGAAUCUCCCAAGACAGAAUCCACUCUGAUCGAAGGACCAGAGAUCAAGACAGACGAACACCCGUCCAGUGAUGAUUUACCCAUAGUAGAUACACAUCCUAUUGCAUCCGACGCUCCUCAAGCGGUUCAAUCGGUUGACAUUGAGGUUGAGACCCAACUUAAAGGAACACAAAGUCUCACAUCUUCGAUCUCCGUCGAUAAAAUGGAGACAACAAGCCUCUCAGAUGAUGCAUCUAGCAUGACAUCCGCAGGCGCUUUGACAGCAGAUACACCCCCUGAGAAGCUGCGCAAGUUUAUUUUGCUGCCCUCUCAUCACUGGCGGAGUGCGGAUAAUUCCUUGUGGGUACCGCUAGUGAUGGAGGAUAUGGAUGAAGUGGUAGCUCAUCAGUCUAUCUUCCUCGCGCAUGGUAAACACUACGAUCGACUAGUCGGAGAAACUGUGACCCAGAUUGAGCAGUGGGUGCAGAACGACUUGACCCUUCGGGCACUUUCUUGA